CUCACGACUUUUCCAUACCUUAUCUUUACGCGGCAUUGGUCAAUUGUUUCCAGGAAUUUUGUGACCCAGCGAAGGCAUAUACACCCAAGGACGCCCGUUCUCUCAUCGCUGCUUCAACUUCCUGUGAAAUUGCCACCGGUGAUUUGACCGCCCGUCCGCCCAUCCCCAAGGCAAACAAGCCUUCAUCACACACUCAUAUCCACACUCAAAAAUGGUCACCACACGGAACGGAAAGCGCACAGCCGCCGAGGCCCCCGCGACUGAGACGGAGACGACCAAGAAGCAGAAGCUUCCCGUCAGGGCAAAGGGCGGCAAGGCCGCACCAAAGAAGGCGUCCAGCAAGAAGGACGAGAGCGGCCGCUCGUCAUCAAAAAAGAGAUCGUCGCUCGUCGUGGAGCUGAGGUCGGAAGCGAGCCCGGCCGACGCCCAGGAGGUCCACGAGGAGCAGGUCAUCACGGGUGCCGAGCAGCCCGCCCCGGAGCCAGAGGCGGGAGAAGAGGGAAAGGUCAUCAAGGACUCGGAUGCGUCCGUGAGCGACGACCAGGAGGAGGAGAAGCAGACGGUGCUGGUCGCCGAGGGAGACGACGGUUCAGACUCGGACGAGGCGCCGGAAGCCGUCUCCACGUCCAAGGCUGCGGUCCAGGCGAAGAAGUCUGCACAGGCCGCCAACAAGGCCAUCGCAGAACAACAAGCCACUCAGAAGCGUAAGCGCCAAGAGCGCAACGCCCGCCUCCAGGAACAGGCGGCGGUGCGCAAGGCUCAGGAGGACACGGCCGCGGCGGAGAAGUCCAACGAGGGGGGUGAGGAAGAGGAGGAGGAGGAGGAGGCCGAGGCGGCGCAAGCAGAGACGACCGGACGGCGGAGGCUCAAUAAGCUCGACCUCCCGUCCGAGCUCCCGGCCGAGUACCUCGAGUCCGACUCGGAAGACGAGAGCGGCGGCGGCGAGACGGACCGGAAGCCCCGCAAGGCGCGUAAGCUGCACACGGCGGAAGCGCAGAUCGCGCGUGAGUCCCGCGGCCCCAAGGACGAGGUCGUCGGGACGACGGUAUUCCGCGUCGUCAAGAAGGAGGACGAGAGGCUGGCGCCCAGGGCGCAGAAGUCCUCGGUCAACGCGAAGAAGGCGCUGCUGGCACGCGGCAGGGCGCCUGUAAAGGCGCGCAAGGGGUUUUUGGUCUGAGUCAGUGUACGAGAACCGGAGGGAGGGGGGGAUCCGAUGUGCUUAAUUGGUGGGGAGGGGCGGCACGGUAAAUUGGCAU